GGCAUUACCAUUUCUAUCAUCCAAACACAAGCACAAACACAAACAAAAACCAACAUUCUUCUCUAAUCUCAGAUCUGUGAUCGAGAACCCUUUGGUUAAUUUUUCUCGAGAAAGUGUUUGAAUUUUUCUUACUUAUUUUCCACGGAAAUCAUGAGGAACAACACUAGCAGUCUGAAAUCGAUGGAGGUUGUCGAAGAUGAUGACUAUCUUAACCUCAGAUUGGGUUUGCCAGGCUCUGAAGUGCCGCCGAGUACUGGACGGAGCAACAAGAGAGCUGCGGCGGAGGAGGCUGAGGAUUGUAGGUCUAAUUCCAACAAGUGUAGUAGAUCCGAUGCUGCCGGAAAUGGAGAACGAGAUGAGAUUAUUGCUAUCAAUAAUAACAACAAGAGUACACAAGUGAUUGGAUGGCCUCCGAUUCGAUCUUUCCGAAAAAACAAUACGCAACCGCCGAUGAAGAGAACGAGCAGCUCGUCGGAGUUUUCCUCGUCGGCAGCGGAGGUUUCCGGCGCUUACGUGAAAGUGAGCGUUGAUGGAGCUCCUUACCUAAGGAAGAUCGAUCUUAAGGUCUACAAAAGCUACCCUGAGCUACUCAAGGCUUUGGAAACUAUGUUCCAACUCUCUAUUGGUAAUUACUCUGAGAGAGAAGGCUACAAUGGUUCUGAAUAUGCUCCUACUUAUGAAGACAAAGAUGGUGACUGGAUGCUAGUUGGAGAUGUUCCAUGGAAUAUGUUUGUUUGUUCAUGCAAAAGGCUGAGAAUCAUGAAAGGGUCAGAAGCUAGAGGAUUGGGUUGUUGUGCUUAAUCAAGAUCAUGAUCAUGAUUUACUUCUCAAAUUUUACUCAGGGCUUCAGGCUUGAAUUGAAACCAAUACAUCGUAAAGCAAAACUAGAAAAUAAAUAUGAAAAAAAAGAAGAAGAAGAGAGAGGUGCAAUUGUACAGAGGAAUAUAAAUUUAUUAUUUUAGUUCUACUAAUAGGUUAUAUAUGUAAUCAUUGUAUAAGAUUUAAUUACAUUCAAGAUCGAUAUAUUUUCCCCAA